AUGAUUAAGAGUGCAGACAUUAGCAAUAACUGUAGAUUCGCUCUGAUCAGGAGGUCAAACAGCGAUAAAGAUGGCUUGAAUAACAGAGAAUACACCUAGGAUGAUUUCGAGAGUCUGAAACUGAUCAGGAUGGUAAAAAUACCUGAGCUGGAAAGAGAUGUAUCUCAGUUGAUCUAUAGGAAUAAUCUAGAAUUAGAUUAUAGAGACUUGGCAGGAAAUACUUUUGGCCUUAGCUAUCCUAUUGACUUGCUGAGAAUGAGCACCUUCUUAAUAUUCACUAAAUCCAAAGAACAAAUCGAUAUCAACAGUAAAGAUAUUGUAAAAUAUUUGCAGUAACAAAGAUCUGUGGCAUCAAGUCAAUGUGUCCUAAAGUAGCAACAGAAGAUAAUAAACAUAUGCUCACCCUUUGGUCUCAAUUCUCGCGAAUUAUUUCUCAAUAUAAUGUUUAAGGGCAUUAUCUCAAAUAAAUUUUCACCUUGCCUAUAUUUGGCAGAUCUGGAUGGGCAUUUAAACAAUGUAGAGGGAUCACCAAUUUUCGAUUCUAAAACUGGAUGUAUCAUAGGCGUAAGACUUCCUAAUGUGCAUUCAAACAACUUGCUAAUUAAAUUUGCAACAUUCAUCCCAAUAAACUAACUGCUUGACUCUCUAUUCAAAGUAUAAGGAUAGAGCACAUGGAGUAAAUAAGUUAAAGAUAAAAAUGAUAGCUUCAUAGAUUACUAUAAGAACAUCAUAGUAAAAGUUAGUGACUCAAAUUUAAAUUCAUCUGGCAUUCUUGUUGAUGGCUCUAGAGGUUUAGUUUUGACGAACUCUCAUUGUAUUGUGAAUAAAGAGACCAGUAUUUCAAUAAAAGUGAUGAAAUAAAACUAUUUCGCUAGAGUCUUGGCAAAAUCAAUAGAUUAAGAGACUAUAGAUAUAGCUCUACUAAAAUUAACAAGCACUCAUAAAAUUAAGAACAAUCUCAAAUUAGACCUCGAGAGAGUUUAGAAUUUAAAGGAGGGAGACACUGUUUACUCGGUAGGCUUUGGAGUAUUCAGAGAUUUGUAAUACCCAUCAGUUUAUAAGGGCUAUGUUACAAGAAUAGUUUAUCAUGAAAAUAAAAGUUUAUUCAUUCAGCAUACAGCUAAGACUUAUCCAGGACAGAGUGGUGGAGGGCUCUUUGAUAAAGAUGGAUACUUAAUUGGAUUGAUUUUUAAAAACUCUGUUCUUAAUAUAUCAUAGGAAAACUCAGUAAAAUUGCAGUUAGAUAAAAUGUGUGCUGCUCUAAUUCCGACUACUAACUAUUACCUGAGUUCAAUUGCAACUCGGAGAGAGUAAAAGAGCUACAGAGCUACUUUCUCCCCUAAAACUUAAUCAAGAAUUACAAUCAAAAUGCAAAAUAGACUACCAAGAAGACUAAGCUUCGAGGAAAGACAAUAUCAAUUCAGAAGGGUAAAGGCUUAUUUGGGAUAGCUUCUUGCUCUUAACAUGGCUUUCACCUUCAUUAUAAAUCUCAUAAUGUUAAUUUAUGGGAUACUAAUAAUUAAAGACAUUGGCACUUUCUCUCAUCCCUAUUUCACCCUUAUACUAUUGACCAUAUUGACAAAUUUAACAAAUAUGCCUUUACUUUUGCUAUAAUCGAAAUAAGCAAGGAAUCUCUGCGAAUACUUUCACUAAGUAUUUAGAGUUACAUUACUCAUACUUUUUAUCUAAACUCUGGUCUCAAUAUUUGCAAUAAUCUUACCAAUGCUUAGAGCAGUUGUAUCAACGCGAGAUAUGACUCAGGGACUUAUAUACUUAAUGAUAAAUGAAGGUAUCAGACUAAUCUAGGGCAUAUUAUUUGCAGGAUCUCUUUGUUAUAUCACAAAAAAUCGAAUGGUUUAUGAGCAGCUCUCUGAAGUAUACACUCAUAGAGAACUUUAAAGACAUAAUCUUAGAUCCUAAGCCUCUGAGAAAAUCGCAGUACUUUACUAUUUUAUUGUUUCUGAUAAUUAGAUAGAGAUUGUGGAUAAGAUUCCUGAUGCAGACAUCAACGAUGAGAAUGUUAGAGAAACUUUGGAAUAAACAGAGUGUGUAAUUUGCCUGGAAGUGCUCUGGACCAGAAAUGGCUCUAGUGAAUGUUUAUAAAUCAAGUUGCUGAGUUGUCAGCACAGAGGGAAAAAUUAUUAUCACAAAGUUUGCCUGUUGGAAUGGUUCAAGGUGAAGUAAGUUUGCCCAAUAUGCAAGGACGAGAAAAUUUUAGAGACUCAUCUUCUAGAAUACAUUGACAACGAUUUUUUCGACAUGCACUCUAAUAAUGAGGCAAAUGAGAAUAAUUUAGAAAGUGACAAGUUGGAAAGUGAAAAAUAAUUAAGGAGUAAGAGUUUCGAGGCAUAAAGCUGCAACUUAAAUGCAUCACUAAAUGAUUUGAGGAAAUAGACUUCAAAGAUAUUUAAUCGCAAUUUUAGCUACUAACUUUGA